AUGCUGGAACUGGAUAAAAAUAAAGCUGGCGAAGCUGCACCUCGAAAUGCACCAAGGGGAGGAAACAACAUCAGCGCUUCCGUUAGUGCUGAGAGGAGAGAUGCCGGCGACCACGAAUACCGUAGUGAGCUGGAUAUGGGCUACUGCAGUUCUGCUAAUUCAUAUUAUGUACAACUCCGCAUGCCUCAGGAGAAACUUGAGAGGACCACCUGA